GCUUUUCCAUAAUCCCGGAAACAACCGAUUUUUUUUUUAGAGUUUACCAUACAGUCCUUUCCGAGUUUCAGAGGCGUCCGAAACCCGGAGCUUUGUUCGGCUCGGAAUCAAUGGCGAAACACGAAGACCUUCCGGUUCCUGUUUUCUCAGCUCUCGAGCCAGUGUACGGAGGCGGAUCUCAACUCGAAGAAGCUCAACUGCGAUUCGACGGAUUGAAAUCCAAGUUCGUCGAAGUGUUCGGCCAGGCUCCUGAUAUUUUCGCUCGAUCUCCAGGGAGGGUGAAUUUGAUAGGAGAGCACAUUGAUUAUGAAGGCUAUUCGGUGUUGCCGAUGGCAAUACGGCAGGACACGAUCGUGGCGAUUCGGAAGCAUGACGCCGGAGAGAGUCCGAAGCUUCUUCGAAUUGCUAAUGUUAGUGAUAAGUAUACUAUGUGUACUUAUCCUGCUGAUCCCGAGCAGGAAAUUGAUUUAAAGAAUCACAAAUGGGGUCAUUAUUUCAUUUGCGGGUACAAAGGUUAUUAUGAAUAUGCUAAAUUAAAAGGAGUUGAUGUUGGAGUACCAGUUGGACUUGAUGUCCUUAUUGAUGGCACAGUUCCUACAGGAUCUGGACUAUCAAGCUCUGCGGCAUUUGUUUGCUCAUCUAUGAUUGCUAUAAUGGCUGCUUAUGAUGUCAGCUUCCCAAAGAAAGACGUUGCCCAACUAACAUGUGAAUGUGAGCGACACAUUGGAACACAAUCUGGUGGUAUGGACCAGGCUAUCUCUAUCAUGGCGAAAUCUGGGUUUGCAGAACUGAUUGAUUUCAACCCUGUCCGUGCAACCGAUGUGCAACUUCCUGCUGGUGGAUCUUUCGUAAUAGCCCAUUCUUUGGCAGAGUCCCAAAAGGCAGUAACUGCUGCUACAAAUUAUAAUAACCGGGUUGUUGAAUGUCGGCUAGCUGCUAUUGUUCUUGGUAUAAAGCUUGGAAUGAAACCACAACAAGCAAUUGCAGAGGUGAAAACUCUUUCUGAUGUUGAGGGAUUGUGUGUAUCAUUUGCAAGUGAUCAUGGCUCUUCCGAUCCUGUCGUAGCUGUCAAGGAAUUUUUGAAGGAAGAACCAUAUACAGCUGAAGAAAUUGAGAAAAUCAUUGAGGAAAGUCUGCCAUCAGUCUUUGGCAAUUCGCCAACCUCUUUGGAUGUGUUAAAAGCUGCCAAGCAUUUUAAAUUAUUUCAGAGAGCCUCCCAUGUAUACUCUGAGGCCAGGCGUGUUCAUGCUUUCAGGGACACUGUGUUGUCAGGGUUAAGUGAGGAAGACAUGCUAAAGAAGCUCGGUGACCUUAUGAACAAGAGCCACGACAGCUGCAGUGUUUUAUACGAGUGCAGCUGCCCAGAGUUGGAAGAGCUUGUAAAGAUUUGCCGGGAUAAUGGAGCGCUUGGAGCAAGGCUUACUGGAGCUGGAUGGGGUGGUUGUGCAGUUGCCUUGGUGAAAGAGAGCAUUGUCCCACAAUUCAUUCUAAAUUUGAAGGAUCAAUUCUACCAAUCAAGGAUUGAGAAGGGCGUGAUCAACAAGAAUGACCUUGGCCUGUAUAUAUUCGCUUCAAAGCCAUCUAGUGGUGCUGCCAUCUUCAAGUUUUAGCCCCUCCCUCUCCCAUUGUUUACCUCUCUCGCCCAGUGAUGCUGCUAUUUUCAUAAUCUCUAGUCUUUUCCCCACUUGUUUACCCUCUUCCUUCUGGCUGUGGAUGGCGAAAUAGGGGAAAAACACUAUUUACUUCAACUUCAACUUUGUUGAUCCAUGUGACCUUCCGAGUCUGAUUUAAAUAAAAUUUGAUUCUAUUAUGUUUGAAAAUA